AUGCCGUGGCGCAUACCUCAAUAUUUCACUUACGGCAUUGAAGGUGUUCGGUAUGAGGUCCGAUGUGAAUAUGGGGUAGUCGAAAAUUUUCUUUGUGUAAGAGAUCUGCAGGUCAGACUUGUGUCAGUAUGGUCGAGGCGUUUAACCUUUCUAGCUAAGGUAAUUGAGUUCUACAAUCAGUUUGGAGGCGUGAAAGUUGAUUGCUUUCAUGUCAGCUGUUUGGAUAUAGCGUGUGGUGAGCGCUAUAUCGUAGGUAGGCUGACGUUUUACAAUUGCGAUAUCAGGCCAAUAUGUGCAGAACACGGUUAUGAUUUCAGCUGUUUGAGAACCAGACGGGAUAGACGACUUUAUAGGCAAAUAAAUGGAUUUUUGGUUUGUGAUGGCGCAACGGUGUGGUGUGAUCCUCACUGGAGCAUAUAUGCGUCUAACACUGCACCGUUGUGCUUAAAUUUUGAUAGUGCUAAUAGUUCUCGAUAUGUCGUAAGUACUCCAAGUUGCCUUAUUGCUCAAGAAUCAUGCUGUCAGUUAGAAUUGCUUUCUAUUUCUCAUGAUUUUCUGUGGAUAGCAAAGCAAGAAAUAACAGAUGUAGGAAUGGAAUUGUCGUGUUUGUCAACGAAGAGUGCAACAAGUGGUCGGGGUGUCGUAAUAAAUUAUGUACAGGCAUUUAGGACUUUUGUGGAGUCAUGGAAACGUUUCCUUCCGUGA